GCCCAUGAAAUGACAUUCUUGAUAGGAUUAAGCCUUACUAAAUCCCAAUUUCGUACUAGUUACAGGCGUGCACGCUUGCUGCAACAAACAAUGACAAAUACAGGGUGGAUUUCCUGUAAAUCAAGUGAAGUAAAGCUUGAUAUUACCCUUGCAUGUGGCCAGUCGUUUAGGUGGAAAGAAACUAGCCCUGGUCAGUGGACCAGUGUACUUGCAGGCAACAUAUGGACAUUAGGCCAAACUGAUGACAAGAUUAUCUACAGAGUUUAUGAAAAAGGUUACAAUGGACCAUCAUUACCUCUGCCAGAUCCUCAGGAAACAAAAUCAAAAAUAGAAAUGAAAAGAGAUGCAUCAAAUCAGGGAUGUGAUAAGUUGUUGAAGAAGUCAAGUAUUAAACAAGAAAUUCACACGUCUGACAAUGUUAAUAUAAAUCUACAACUUAUUGAUAGUGAUAAUUCUAGCUCAAAGUAUUCAGUAGUGCUUAAGAACUACUUUCAGCUGGGUGUAAACCUGGAAGAUCUUUAUGGACAUUGGAGUGCCUCCGAUCCUCAUUUUAAGGCAGUGGCAGCAGAUUUUACUGGUGUACGUAUUCUUCGCCAGGACCCUGUAGAAAAUCUGUUUGCCUUUAUCUGCUCUUCCAAUAAUAAUAUCAGCAGGAUUAGUGGUAUGGUAGAAAACCUAUGUAAGACUUAUGGAGAGAAAGUUGGAAUACUUGAUAAGGAACCUUAUUUUACCUUUCCCAGUAUUGAAGCACUGACUGGAAGACAGGUAGAGCAGACACUGCGGGAGUUGGGGUUUGGAUACAGGGCCAAGUACAUAAGUGAGACAGCCAAGUAUAUUGUUACAAAUCACAGUGUUGAAUGGCUGUACUCCCUGAGGGGGAAGUCAUACCAAGAUGCUCAUGGGGAACUACUCAAGUUGUGUGGUGUUGGAGCCAAGGUUGCAGACUGUGUGUGUCUGAUGUCUCUGGACAAGGCUGAAGCUAUCCCAGUGGACACUCAUGUGUGGCAGAUAGCAAUCAGAGACUACAAUAUACCCAAACUGAACAGUAAUAAGACAAUGACUGAUGCAACUUACAAGCAAAUCGGAGAUUUCUUCAGAGGUCUUUGGGGACCUUAUGCUGGAUGGGCACAUUCUGUAUUGUUUAGUGCAGAUUUGAAGAAGUUCCAAGACAGAAAAGUUGAAACCAAAGGACAUGACAAGAAAGUAUCAACCAGUCGUAAAAGAGGAACUAAAGCUGAAGUGCAACCAAGAAAUCAUAAGGAGAAAAAACGAAUAAAGCAAGAACCUACUUAACAGUAGAAUGUGGUAGAUGUGAUGUGAUCCAUUUUAAUAUUUUAGAUAAAGCCAGCACUUGGGUUCUGAUUUAUAAUACUGCAUUAUUAGUCACAAUCAGUUAAUGUAAAAAAGAGAAGGGAACAACUGAGUUGUAUCAAAAAUCAGACAACCAAGGCUGAAGACUAAUUCAAAAAGGAAAUUUAAUUUAAGUUUAACUUGGAGUAUUGCAAAAUGCACCUGCGUACUUUGGAAUGUAUCUAUAUUUCUCUAGUAUUUUAAUUGAUACUUUAGAAUUUAUAAUUGUGUAUAGAUAUGGAAUUUUCCAUUUUUCAUAUUGUCAUUAUAUAGCAAUUUUUAUGGCAACAAUAUAUCAUAUGAGAUAAAUUUCAUCAAGAUCAUGAAAAGUGAAAUUGUUGGAAAAACUUUUUUUUCUAUAUUUAUUUAUGGACCUUUUCUAUUUAGAACUCUUUGUAUGUAAUUUAAAUCCUACAUGUAUG